AUGCCAACCACCGCAUCUAAGACUAAAGUUGCCUGCAAAUCUUGCAAUCUGCGCCGUGUCCGAUGCGAUCGGACCGAUUCGACCCCCUGCUCGCGCUGUCGCACGGCGGGGCAAGAAUGCCAGCCCAUCGUUUCAAAACGCGGAAAACAUAAACGCGGCCGGAUUGAGCGCUUCGGAUUCCGGCACUCGUUCGCCGAGGCGCCUGCUACUCCUGCGGCCAGUACCGCGUCGCCUACCCAGUUGUCGGAGUUCCAAGCGGGGCCAAGAACACCGAAUCAUGGCGAGACUGCUGAUAGCGAUGUCUUGCAGAGCUCUAGUAUCUUGGUGGACAAGCCCACGGUAUCCGAUCCCGAUGCCAUUGGUCCGCGGAGCAGCCGCACCAUCUACUACGGCGAUCACUUCAAUCUGGAAUACACGCGCAAAGAGCUGGACGAAGACCACGAAGACUAUAAUUCCAGCUUGAGCAGCGCUCACUUACCACAUAUUGACCGACUCGGAUCGCCGACGAGGAGGCUAGUCGAUGAGCAUGCCCGGAAGGAACGCGCGCGACUAGAGGAGCUCGGCGCAUUCGAGACCCUCGACAGCAGAGUCAGUGAGCAACUUAUCCAUACCUACUUCACCUUUAUCCACCCAAUGGCUCCUGUCGUCGACCGGAAGGACUUUUACGAGAAGUUCAAAGAGGGCCGUCUUUCUCCCCUUCUUCUACAAGCCGUGUACCUGGCAGCUUUCUCGCACUGCGAAGAGUCGGUCCUCACCGAAGCGGGAUUCGACAACAGAUAUAUGGCGACGUUUACCUUUUACCAACGAGCGAGAGCGCUGUACGAUUCAGGGUACGAAUCGGAUGCCAUCGCCGUGCUGCAAGCGGUAUGCUUCUUGGCAUUUUGGUGGGAGAGUCCGACGCAGCAGAAGGAUAUGUGGUAUUGGACCGGGAUAGGCGUGAAUCUUGCUCAGUCUCUUGAAGAACUUACUCACGGCUUGACGAAUUGA